CCUGUCUACAGUGUCUGUGUAAUGUAGAUAAAUGUGAGGAUUUUCUCUAAAUCCCUCUUCUGUUUGCUAAAUCUCACUGUCACUGCUAAAAUCAGAGCAGAUAGAGCCUGCGCAAUGGAAUAAAGUCCUCAAUAUUGAAAUGUGACAUUGCUCUCAACAUCUCACAUCUCUCUGGAUUUCUUUUUUCUCAUCAUUACUGCUAACAAAUUCAUUUCCAGACUUUGCACUUUUAAGAAGCAAUGGAAAAAAUCAACAGUCUUUCAACACAAUUAGUUAAGUGCUGCUUUUGUGAUUUCUUGAAGGUGAAGAUGCACACUGUGUCCUACAUUCAUUUCUUCUACCUUGCCCUGUGUUUGCUUACCUUAACCAGUUCUGCUGCUGCUGGCCCAGAAACACUGUGUGGUGCUGAGCUGGUUGAUGCUCUUCAGUUCGUAUGUGGAGACAGAGGCUUCUACUUCAGUAAGCCUACAGGGUAUGGAUCCAGCAGUAGACGCUUACACCACAAGGGAAUAGUGGAUGAAUGCUGCUUCCAGAGUUGUGACCUGAGGAGGCUGGAGAUGUACUGUGCUCCAAUAAAGCCACCUAAAUCUGCACGCUCUGUACGUGCUCAGCGCCACACUGAUAUGCCAAAAGCACAAAAGGAACUGCAUUUGAAGAAUACAAGUAGAGGGAACACAGGAAACAGAAACUACAGAAUGUAAGAUCACGCCAUCCAAAAGAACGAAGAAUGAAUGUGCCAUCUGCAGGAUACUUUGCUGUAAAUAAAUUAUUUGUUAAACAUUGGAAGACUAAAAAAACUAUGGUUUAAUAAGCUUGAUGCAAUCUCAACCAAUGGGCAUUCUCCCGGUGAACAAUGCAACUAAACAUUCCAAUAUUAAGUCUUUUAGAAAACAGAACAUUUUAACCAACUCAGAGCGAAAAAAAAAUCUGUGGUUGAUAUAUAACUGUGUGUUAACCUCUUUUAGAUGUCCUGCACAAAAUCUCUUAAAGUCCUGUGCCCCUCAAAAGCCUACAAAUUUAUGGGCCUUUGAUGGAUCCAAUUGCACUAAAUUAACCUAUGAACACUGGCUGCUGGAGUCAUUCAUCAGCCUUGUCUAAGUGGUGUUUUUUUAUUUGCACUUCUAUACAAGCAACAGGCUGUUUGUUCUACAGCGUCUGAUAACAUUGUUUGUCUACCCCUUCAUAUUUGCACAGUCCGACAUUCCCAGUAACAGCAGCAGUAAGGUAACAUAUACAGUUUUGAACAUCCAUUAAUUCCAUCUGUGCCAUUCUGACAGAACAUGGGUUACAGAUACAAUUGUUUUAAGACAGCUUUAUUUUUCCUUCUCUUGCAAAGAUGCAGUUUACUGCAACUUGUGAGACAAAAGAUUUUUAAAAGCAGUUACAGCAUACAUAGGCUCUCAAAGCGUUAAUGAUUCUUCCAGGUAAUUAUUUGCAACAGUAUAGGUAACUUUUUUCUUCCUCCAUAUAAUGCAGUAUGUAAAAUUUAGCAUAUCAAUAAUACGCAUAUAUCAAACAAUAUGUAAAAAUCUCUGUUUUAUAGUACAACGGUGCUAUUUUAUAGUUUGUUAUAUGAAAGGGUCUGGCCAAAACAGUAAUAGGUAAAAGCAAAUAUGGAAACAUGAAGUUCAAAUAAUAAAAUAAUGAUGUGAAUAUUUGGUUUAAAUUACUAAAACGGUUAUGGAUUCCAAUAUGGAGAAAACUUCCAUCUUCACAAAAGAAAUUCAGACAUUUUGCUUUUUUUUUCUUUUAGCUGAUUGAAUGAUGGUGUUUUCCCCCGGUUACAUGAAACACAGAUUUAUAGAUGACUAGGUGCAGGAAAGACAAUUAAUAAAAGAGUUUUCAAAUAACUUUAAAAGGUAGCACAUCAAGGCCUAAAUCUUUCUGAAAUAUCAGAAUUCUGUUCAAAUAUUUUUGAAGGUUAAUCAGGUCCUCUACCAUUUCAUCACUUCCCAAAAUCUGACGUGACUGAAAUGGCUGUUAAUCAGCCCACUGCAUCUCUCUGUAAAUCAGAAAAUCUAAGCUAAUCACCAAAUUACGGUGUAGAAAGUUUUCAAGAAAAGAUAAAAACCAUAAUGGCCUUCAAACUGUGACUUUAAAAGCUUUGUAGGAGACAUUUAAUAUAUUUCCAGAUAAUAUCUGACAUAUAAGCUUGAUAUGCAGUGCAUUGAUUCUAACAUUAACAACACUUUCUUCUGCCCCAUUUUUGUGAAUCUAUUCAGUGCUAGAUUAACCAUGCAGUAAAGGUGGAUAGAUAGCCAACAAUGUCCUAGAAUGAACAAUAAAUAAACGUGAGAGAAGGAAAGAGAAUGCUGGGGAGAAGGCACUGCUUGAUCCUUUGCAGAACUGCAGCAUGGUUCCAUGUGACUUCUUCCACCUCACUACCCUGCAUGCAGCAAGGAAAGAGAUAUCCCUUGGUCAGACUCAAAGUGGGCAUCAGGAAUAUGGUGUGAGGGGAGCAAUUAGAAAGAUGUUAGAUCCGAUUUGUAAAGGCAAUAUUUGUCUCUAAAGGCUCAAAGCUGCCUCAUCUUCUACCGCAUCUAUGGGGGUGGACUGAAUUGAUUAAAAUACAGAAGAAUCUCUGUAGAUUAUAUAUUGCCCAGUUCAUCAAGAGUUUCUUGUGAACCAGACAGGAAAUGUAGGUCUUAAAAGUGUAACAAAUUAAUUCCUAUUUUAUUUCUCCUUAGGAAAUUUGAGUUUCGUAUUUCUUUCAAGAAAAGGGCAAUAUUUUCUUGUGUAAUUCUUUAAAUCAUUUCCCUUCUAGGAAAAGCAUGCUUUUGUGCAUACUAGGUUACCAUUACAAUGUAAAAACAGAACAGUGGCUGAGUAUUUUACUCAGCCACAGCUGUCACUGACUGUGAUAGGUAUGUCAAAAAAUGAAGUUACAAAGAAGUAGAUGGGGAAGCUAACCUAAAUUAGGUACGUACAUAUUUACUACCAAUUCCAUACAAAGUUGCAGCAAAUCUGUUAUCAGUCAUGGUCUUAAUAGGCUUUUUUGUUGUUGUUGUUGUUGUUUUGUGUGUGUGUGUGGGAGGGAUGCAGAGGGAAGUGGCUUUAAUUUAAAUAGUUGCUAUGAAUUCUUAAAUGCAUUCUAAGAAUGAGACAUUAUUUAUAAUCUAAAAUAUUUCUUAUAGACAGUGAUAUUUAACAUUAGAAUUUGACAACUGUCUAAACAAAUCCCAGCAAUUCUUGAAAGAAUAUCUUUAAUAAUGAAUAGUUUCUAACUUCAAAGGUAACACUUGACAUUACUAGAGAAAAAACAGUAUCACAAAAUGUAGACUAGAUCUACCACCAUAGAGGUGAGAAAUACAUAGAUGGGGUAUGUAUACUUGCACAAAAAUUCUCCAGUCAUAAGGCAGUGAGCACAUGAUAUGCCAGUCAGUGAGAAAGAAAAAGGACUGCAUUAGCUUAAUAAUCUCAAUUAAUCCGCUACUUAAAGAAGCUGAAGUAUAAGCCAAAACAUCUCCCCCCCAAAUGUACAAAGUAGUCUGACUUGAAAAAUUUCUUAAUUAGAGAUUUUCAAAAGCACUCCAGAUAUUUAGGAACAGUUGUUCUACUAGAUAUGAUUUAUUCUCUUAAAUCACUUAAGUGAUAAAAAAAAAAUUGCGCUCUCCAUCCUUCCAUGUCAUGCAAUACACAUGACAGAAGUCACAGAUUUUUACAUUCUAGAAUUGACAUAAAACUCUAAUUACUAUACAGAAUGUCACUAAAGUGCAAAUGUAAAAAAGUUAAUUAAGCCUCAUUAUUCUCAGUUGUUCAAAAGUUAUUCACAUCUAAACCCUCUGAAGUUAAUAUAUCUCUUUCAAAGUAGAAAAAUGUGAGUCACAAAAACAAUAAUCAUUAAGAUUUUGAAUGGAAAAUGAAUAAAUAUUCUGCUCUAAAUGUACUUACAUAUACACACUCAUAUCUGUAUGGAAUACUGGUAUGAGACUUAUUGAAACCAUUUAACAUAGAGAGACAAGGAAAUUAAAGCUUCCUUUGCAGAACCGAAUUCCAUUCAUAACUAGCAGCCAAUUCCACCUGCUCCAGAAAAUAGGUGUUGAGUUAGUAUCAAUGCUAAGCAGUGACUGAUGAAGACUCUAGGUCAAGCACUGUGUCCUCCUGGCUCUCCAUUUUAAUAAGCAAGUAUAUGAUAAGACAAGAUCAUAAAAAUGCAUGUAUAUUUGCUUUUCCUUUACUGAUUUGGCCAACAAUGCCAAAGUGGUGCUAUUGUUUUGUUUAAGAAAGUACUUGACUAAAAUAUAAAAGAAAGCAUAAAUAUUUUUUUAAUGUAUGAAAAUGACACUUAUAUAGGUAUGGUUAUUGAAAUAGGAAUACAACUAGCCAUAACUUUUCAACUUUUUUUCACUCCAAAAUGAAAUCCUAAAUCCAAAAAGAAAUCCUAAAUCCAUGGGGAUGGAGCAUGAGAAAAGAUUUAAAAAGAUAUAAACAUUCAUAGACCUGAAUUCUGAAUCUUUUCUCAAAUCUGAAACACAUAUGAAGAAAAGCAUUUAAAGUCAAAGAACAACGAAAAUGACUGAAAAUCUGUUCAGAUUACUGAAAAAAUUCUGUACCAUACCAAAGAUUUUUAAGACACGAUCCAGACUGAAAUCAGUGUUGAGUUUGGCUUAAAGUCAGUGGCAUUACAUAAUUGAGAUUCUUAUUGAACACAAGCUUUUGUUUAUAUCUGAUUACUUUCUCUUGUACCUGAUUGCUUUCCAUGGUAUGCCCCAGAGGAGUCACUAUUUUUUAAAAGCAGGACAAAAAAUGAACUUAACCUUAUCAAGGAAUGAAGAAACAAUAUAUUCCUAAAUGAAACUGUUGCUAUUUUUAAUUCUCACCAGUUUCAAAUUGUGAAAAAAGUUGAAAUAUAUGGCUAAUAGUCUGUGAAUUUUUUUAAAAAGUUUAUGUGGUCACUAUGAGCAUCUUAAUGUGCAAAAUUACACAUUUCAUUGUUUUGUUUUGUUUUUUAAAUGAUGGUAAAUUAAGCCCAAGUAGAGAUUCUUGGAACCUGUAGGCUAGAUAGAAUACUGAUUUUCUGAUAAAGGUAAAAAUCAAUAUAUUUAAAAUGUUCUAUUUUUAGUUUGAAAAGGAAUAGUAAUAAUUUAUUUGGGGACUCAACACUGGUCCCUCUUUUAAGGAUACUGUUUAGUAAAAACAAGUCUUCCAAAUACCAUUCUUAUAUUCAAAAACAACAUUCAUUCCUCCCUCCUCCUUCCCCAGUAAAUCUAGUUAAAACACCAUCGGAACGUAAUUUUUAUUAUUUGUCUGUUACUUUGGGGGAUUGUUUUGCCUUGCUUCACUUUGUUUCUAUUUGGGGAGUAGGGGAAAGGAGGAGGAGAUGAGGCCUUCGAGUGACUGAAAUUUUUCCUCUUGGGUACAAUCCACAAAAAUAAUUUGCCUUGAUGAGAUUACUUAUUAUCCAAUUCAUGCAUGAAAAUAACAUUAAGUAAAGCAGUCAUUAACACAAAGUUUUUACUCAUUCUAAUCCUACAUUAUACAUUUUGCUUGUCACAGCAUCGUAAUAUUCUACUGGACUUAAACUGUCCAAACGCACAGUAUCUGAUAUAAAUCUUCUUUGAUUUUUUACAUGAAGGGUGUUUUAAGAAUAUCUGAAACUUGAUUACAUAUAGUACAGUAAAGAGAUACCAGUCUAGCAGAGACCAAAACAAGAAGGACCUCCCUGAUGCUUAUCUUACAUUAGGAAAUUUUAUCUUAGUUAUAUAAAGGGUGUGUGUACUUGUAUGUGCAUAUGUAUAUAUACAUAUAUAUAUUAUAUAUGUAUAUAUAUGUUGUUAGAAUGUGUGUAUGUGUACAUGUGUGGGCAUGUAUAUUAUGCUUUUAUUCUUUUUCCUCUCAAGUAAAAUUUGAAUUUGUUACUUUUUACGUAUUAUUUCACAUGGAUUAUUUUCAAUAAUCCAAUUGGAAGAACAGUGUAUAAUAUGGGUGUCACAAGAUAGAUCCAACAUCUGUUUUUCACACCUCAAGAAAUCACUUCAUUUUGAUAUCAUGAGACUCUUCUCUGCUGUCAUCAAGCAAAUCUAUUUAUCUGUUUAAGUAUGGGUGUAAAAUACAAACUCUGAAUACCUUAUUUUGGAAAUAUCAACUUAAGAAUUCUAUUUCGUCCUUCUCUGGAUGACUUCUGUUAGAUGAGAUUUUUUUUAACUGCAUGUGUCCUUUCAAAUUAAGAAUAAUGUGUAAUACAGGGAAGAAUUAAGAUUUCUGUCAUUUAAUAAUAUCUCCUCUAUUAUUCAUCAAUUAGAUGCUCUUUACAAGUAGAAUAUAUGUUUUUCUAUAUUACCCUUAGUGAUUUCAGAAGUGGAAAAGACUUAGUACUAUAAAUUCAUAUAUACAAAAAUUUUUAUAACUUUUUUGAUAUCUCUGUAUUCUUCAGUGACUCCUUAUUUUGCCACCCUUGCUCACAAAACUCAAAAAAUCAAUGUUAUACUUCUGCUGCUAAAAAAUCUUUCCAACUAAUGUUAUAAAUAUCCAUUUACAAUAUUUACAUUCACACUUGAUAGAAGUUUUUAAAAUCAGCAUAAACGUGGUUGAAAGAUUUUCUUCUUCAUAUUGUAAAGGUAUGAACCAUUUUUAAUUGAAAUCAAAGACAUUCCACCUUACUGUAUUUUACAUUUGUUAAUACCAUCUCAUUGCUUGGUAAGCAACAGCAAAAUAAAUGCAGAACAAACAGGACUGUCCUCUAUCUUGGUGAUAAAAUCACAUUUCAUGUACUCUUGUGUUAAAGAAAAAGUUUAACCAGAUAACUAUAAAUACAACUGAUUAUGUGAAAUUUAUAUUUUAUAGUGAAAUAUCUAACUUUGUACAUUUUGAAAUCAAAUGAAUAUUCCAUUAUUUCUGGUUUACUGGCAUUAACCUCAUCAGUGGUACGAAAAAUUCACUUCUGCAGUGAUUAGAGGCAAAGAAGACCAAUAAAAUGCUGCCAAUGAAAGAGACAGAACGGCCUUUUUUCAUCCAUGGAGAUGUAUUCUAUCUUAAAUAUAUCUUUUUUUAAAGUUUAGAUUAGGAUUUAAAAUUGACUUGAUAUGAAUACUAUAUAAGUAUGAUACUCUUCACUAUUUCCACUUAGAAACAAGUUUGAAUAUAAUAAAGCACAUGCAAGCUACACUGCAUGAUACAGUAGAUAAACCUUACCUUUUGAGUUAUAACCAUUUCUAAGGAAUUAUUUCAACUGAAUUCUAUAGAAAUCCAGUGCAAGAUGAAAAAAUAAAGCAUUGUUAAAAGUGUAUAAUCAUAAUAGUUGCCUGAUCAAACUGUCUCAUCAAAUUAGUGUCUCCACUGAAAGCAUAAUGAUACUGAUAACGUUCUAAACAGCUUUAGCUCUAGUAUGAUACUUCAUAUUGCUUUUGUCAAAAUGUGAUAGUCCUGUUUUACAGUUUCUUAAUUCUUGGAGUCUAUGGGUUGAAUAACAAACAUUUAUCAAUCCUCCGAAUUUUUGGAAACAAACUAGAAGAAGCAGCACCAUCUGCUGCUUAUCAUCAGAUAACACAUGGGCUUCCUCUCCCACCAACUUAUCUGCACAAGACACCCAGAAGUGCUAACUGAAGCGACCAAUAGCACUUAUUUUUCAGAGAUCACCCUUUUAAAUAGAAACAUUAACUAUCUUCUAUCCCUUUGCUUUUGGACUUCCUCUGGUAUCCUGUCUAAAACUGCGGUUUCAAUGAUGCAGGCAUGAAUGUGGAUACAUGAAUUUCUGAUUUCACUACUGAAUAACUCUACUAUUAACAUUUCAAGUCAUUAAAAUGAAACAGUGACAAUUGUUAAGUGUUCAUUAACUAAAAGCAAUUUAAACUCUCUAUUAAAGUUCUAACUGGAUUUAUUCUUUCUUUUUUUAAUUUUCUUGUGCUUACUCAUAAUACAAUGUCACUACUUGAUGACAAAUAAUAUUUCAUACUGUGUAUGUAACAUCAUUGUGUUGCAGAAUCCCCCAAAUACCUCAACAAUGUCUUUGUUGCGCUAUUCUCCCCAUUUAGCACUUAAAAGCUUUUCUAGUAAUGACCAAGAAAUCAAAAGACAGAGCUCCUAGUAUGUAUAAACUUAAAAAAAAAAUCAAGAAUUUUUGCUAGUUUGCAGUUCAUGUAAUGUCAUCUUGACCAUUCUCUUCCCCUGUCUCUACAAGCUGUCUACAACUCAAAACUUUGUUCCAUAAGUAAUAGUGUAUUCAUGCUUUUAAAGGCUUUUAUAUGCUUUUAUGGUAGGUAAAGGCUGGAAGAGGUAGUUGACUGAUUUUUCACUUUUAUCUACUUUGAUUUCAGUAAAGGGCUUUGUCACUCUGUAUACAUAAAGGCUAACGCACCCUUUGGUUUGUAGAAUGUACUGAAAUGUUUGCAGCCCUCUUGGUAUCAGGUCCAAAAUGUGAAGCAUUACUGUUAAGAGGGUAUCUUUCUAAUGUAUUUGUAUGUAUAGCUUACACCUCUGUGAGGUCUAAUAAAGGAUUAUGGUUAAUAAAAAAUGUGUUGAAAAUUCCUCAUC